CUUGAUAAAUAAACACCAAGCAUCUCCCAUAGUUUGAAUUUGAAGUAAUAGUAGAAUCAAACAUUAGAGAUAAUAAAAUGCACAAGACAAAGACGAACCAACACGUCUGCCACAGUUUUUUCUUCUAGACGACUAGGAAAAAAGAGAGGGUAUUCUGAGAAUUGAACUCGGGACGUCUCACACCCUAAGCGAGGAUCAUACAACUAGACCAAAUGCAUUUUCUGCAUUUUUUAUUUCAAUCAGCUAGAAAAUGAUGCAGUCUUUUCACCAUUUUCUGGACAAUAUCAAGUCUUUGGUAAAUUGAUAGGUAUCAUCUAUCAUUAUGUUGACGUGGCAAGUGCUCAGGAUGACGUGGAAGGGUUAGAGCAAAGUAAAGACUCGGGAUGGUUGAGACGCUUUGUCGUUAGUAAUAUGCAUCAGCAAGAAGACUAUAAGUAGAGUCGCUUGAUUGAAGAAUAGGUUAUGUUUGAUGUUGUAAUUGGUUAGACAUAUGAGUUUAGAUCCGAUCUUGAUGAGAUCGGUGAUUCAAGAUUCACUCGCCAUGAGAAUGUAGCAAACCUCAAGCUAUCCUUGUAAUCGGUGUUAGUCUGUGUGUAAUCCUCUUAAAGAUUAGUAAAGAGAGUGUUGAGUGAUGAGAAGUUAUCUUCAUACUUAACAUAAAUUGAACUUGAACACAGUGAUGUAGUGCGCGAUGCCUUUGGCACUUCCUUGUAGACGUUGUUUAUGACAGAUUGACAGUGCAACAGCUUCAUCUUCUCGAACUCUAGUCCCGGUUCCUCCAUUACUUCUCUAGCAACACCGAGUUUACCGACCACAACAGCGAUUUUCGGCAUCGCACUUUCUGUCUCCAUUUCAGUGUGAAUAAAAAUAUAAAAUAACCAUCCUCUCUCGUCGGCGAUUUGUUUAUUCAUCGUUGACUAUACGAUGUCAGACGGUCCAGUGGCAUGAGUCCCAGCCAUAACACUUCUUUUAUUAUUUUCGACAAAUGUUUUUGUUUGUUAUAAAAAUUAAUAUUCUUAACAUUCAUACCCCAAAAAUAAACGUAUUAAUUAUUAACAAUAUUGUUAUUAAAAUUUGUGAAGGAAGAGGAAUAGGCUCCUCUCUAUAUUUUUACGGGAAGUUACUAGCACCACAAAUUUAAUUGCGCAAUACUUUACUGCGUUGACCACCACUUGUCAGCAUGAGAUUGCAUCAAUAAGUUAGUAAGACACCAUAUAUAGCUAACAAACCAUAAAUCACUCGUCUAAAUAUUUCACUUUGAUCACUACGCUCUCUGUCAUUCCUUCAUCGAUACAAUGACGGAUACGACAGACGAUAUUGCAGAGGAAAUCUCAUUCCAAAGCUUCGAAGAUGACUGCAAGUUGCUCGGAAGUCUCUUCAAUGAUGUGUUGCAGAGGGAAGUCGGAAGCUCAUUCAUGGAGAAAAUUGAACGCAUUCGAAUCCUGGCUCAGAGUGCGUUGAAUUUGCGUUUGGCUGGUAUUGAAGAUACUGCAAACCUAUUAGAGAAGCAACUGACUUGUGAAAUAUCCAAGAUGCCACUAGAGGAAGCUUUGACAUUGGCUCGUGCGUUCACUCACUCUCUUAACCUUAUGGGCAUUGCAGACACUCAUCACAGAAUGCAUAAACUCAUAGACGUUACACAACUUUCAAGAUCGUGUGAUGAUAUAUUCACUCAGCUAUUGCAAAGUGGAAUUUCCUCGGAAGAGCUUUACAAAACGGUUUGCAAGCAGGAGGUCGAGAUUGUUCUUACUGCUCAUCCUACUCAAAUUAACCGGAGAACCUUACAGUACAAGCAUGUCAGAAUUGCUAAUCUUUUAGAAUAUAACAGCAGAUCAGAUAUCGGCCAUGAAGAUCGAGAAACACUAAUUGAAGACUUGGUUAGGGAGAUAACUUCAGUAUGGCAGACUGAUGAGCUUAGACGUCAAAAACCUACUCCAGUUGAUGAAGCUAGAACUGGUUUGAACAUUGUUGAGCAAUCCCUUUGGAAAGCUGUACCACAUUACCUGCGUCGUGUCAGCAAUUCCUUGAAAAAGUUUACGGGGAAGCCACUUCCAUUAACAUGCACGCCUAUAAAAUUUGGUUCUUGGAUGGGAGGUGAUAGAGAUGGAAACCCAAAUGUGACGGCGAAGGUCACCAAGGAAGUAUCUCUCUUGUCCAGGUGGAUGGCUAUCGAUCUGUACAUAAGAGAGGUUGAUAGCUUAAGAUUUGAAUUGUCUACAGAUCGAUGCAGUGACAGAUUUUCAAGAUUAGCAGAGGACAUUCUUGAAAAAGAGAGUUCUGAAAAAAAUUCUGACAGAGGACAAUCAAGUUUCUUAAACCAGCAAAAUUCAUCCUUGUCAACACAGCUUCCAGAUAAAGCUCAACAUCCUUCUUGCAUUGAAGAUGGCGAUUCACAACAUCCCAAAUUUGAAAUUAAUACGACGACAGAUUUUGUGCCUCCUAAUCUCCAGAAGCAAAAUGAAGAAGACUCUCCAAAGAUAGAUUCGAAGUCAAAUGCUGAUGAUACUCAUACGGGAGGUCUUACUUCGCGAGGUUCUUUCUCAUCUACCUCUCAACUUCUCUUCCAGAGGAAACUAUUUGCGGAAUCUAAAAUUGGGAGGGCCAGUUUUCAAAAGCUACUAGAACCACCUCCACUUAAACGUGCUGGAAUGGCUCCUUACCGCAUUGUACUUGGAGAUGUUAAGGAUAAGCUUGUGAAGACUCGAAAACUCCUUGAACUUCUACUUGAGGGUCUUCCUUGUGCGUAUGACCCUAGGGUAUCGUAUGAAACGUCAGAGCAACUUCUAGAACCAUUGCUCCUCUGCUACGAAUCACUGCAAUCAUCCGGCGCUGGUGUACUAGCUGAUGGAAAACUUGCUGAUCUAAUCCGUAGAGUUUCUACAUUUGGCAUGGUUUUGGUGAAACUUGAUUUACGUCAGGAAUCUGCAAGGCAUGCUGAAGCUUUGGAUGCAAUUACAACAUACUUGGAUCUUGGUACUUAUAGUGAAUGGGAUGAAGAGAAAAAACUAGAUUUCUUGACAAAAGAACUUAAAGGGAAACGACCCCUUGUUCCUCCCACUAUUGAGGUUGUUCCUGAAGUUAAAGAAGUAUUGGACACAUUCCGAGUUGCUGCUGAGUUUGGAAGUGAAUCACUUGGAGCUUAUGUUAUUUCCAUGGCUUCAAAUGCAAGUGACGUCCUUGCUGUGGAGCUUCUGCAGAAAGAUACUCGACUUGCGGUCACUAGUGAACAUGGAAAACCAUGUCCUGGUGGAACGCUACGAGUGGUUCCUCUUUUUGAAACGGUGAAGGAUUUACGAGCUGCUGGUUCUGUGAUAAGGAAACUGCUUUCAAUAGAUUGGUACAGAGAACACAUCCAAAAGAAUCAUCAUGGUCACCAAGAGGUGAUGGUUGGAUACUCUGAUUCAGGAAAGGAUGCUGGACGCUUUACUGCAGCAUGGGAACUUUACAAAGCUCAAGAAGAUGUUGUUGCUGCUUGCAAUGAGUUUGGGAUCAAAAUCACUUUGUUCCAUGGACGAGGAGGAAGUAUUGGUCGUGGUGGUGGCCCGACCUAUCUCGCCAUACAAUCCCAACCACCAGGCUCUGUAAUGGGCUCUUUGCGUUCUACCGAGCAAGGUGAGAUGGUUCAAGCCAAGUUUGGUAUACCACAAACAGCUGUUAGACAACUAGAAAUAUACACAACCGCGGUUCUACUCGCUACAUUAAAGCCUCCUCAACCGCCUCGAGAGAAAAAAUGGAGAAAUCUAAUGGAAGAAAUCUCAACAAUCAGUUCCCAAAACUACAAAGGCACAGUCUACGAAAACCCAGAGUUUAUCUCAUAUUUCCAUGAGGCAACACCACAAGCCGAGCUCGGUUACCUCAACAUAGGAAGCCGACCAGCUCGAAGAAAGAGCUCUACUGGCAUAGGACAUCUCAGAGCUAUCCCUUGGGUCUUUGCUUGGACACAAACAAGGUUUGUUCUACCAGCUUGGCUCGGUGUAGGAGCUGGUCUAAAGGGUGUCUCUGAGAAGGGUUACGCAGACGAUAUUCAGGAGAUGUAUAAAGAGUGGCCGUUUUUUCAGUCAACUAUUGACCUUAUAGAGAUGGUGUUAGCUAAAGCAGACAUCCCCAUUACAAAACUCUAUGACGAACAACUUGUCUCUGAGAACAGAAGAGGACUUGGUGAUAUGCUGAGGAAAGAAUUGAUGACUACUGAAAAGUAUGUGCUUGUGAUAACUGGCCGCGAGAAACUCUUGGAGAGCAACAAGAGCUUGAAGAAACUCAUAGAGAGUAGACUUCCGUAUCUUAACGCUAUGAACAUGUUGCAAGUUGAAGUACUUAAGAGGCUAAGACGCGAUGAAGAUAACAAUAAGCUUAGGGAUGCUUUGCUAAUCACAAUCAAUGGUAUCGCUGCAGGAAUGAGAAACACUGGUUAAGAAAGUAGCACAACACACUAAACGGAGAUUUACAAUAAUCUAUUAUUUGGUUUCUUUUGGUCUGUUCUUUUGUUUCUUGUUGAACAACAAGGUAAUCGUACAGAAGAGAGCGUCGGGGAUUUUAAUUUAUCAUUGGACUAAUUCCACAGUUUAUAUAGUUGUAAUGUUUUGGGCUCAAUGGACUUUGCGGUGGAAUUAUUGAAAUAAUAGGUAAAGACAGAGCAAAAUAUUGCAAUGUCUCUAUAUCCACAUAUUCCUUUUCCUUUAUACAACCUGUGAUUAAACCCCAUCCUGAAAUCUUAUAACCGAUUUCGUUGAUGAACGAUCAAAAUGUGCAUGCAUGCAUCAUUUAGGAGAAAUAAGUAUCCAUGAUGGAUUAGUACAUAAAUAAAAUAUGUUGUCAUAUUUCACGCAUACAAUGCAACAGAACUGAAAUAACAACGUUAAAUUUGUUUAUAAACUGAAAAAAUUGUUUUAAACAUUUUUUUUUACGUCGAAAGACCAUUCUAUUACUCAAAGGUUUUAAACAUGUUUAAAAUGGUAACAUAACAGAAAUUUUUUUUUUUUUGUUUACGCUUUCUAAAUUAAAAUUUGAUUUUACAACCUCUAAAUUAAAAAUUUUAAUUGUUACUAUUGUUUCUAUUUUAUUUAAUAUUAUGUUUUUGACACAUCUGAUGAUCUUUUUACUACUGUUUUCUAACUUGAGUGUUGAAAAUUCAGCAGAAACUACUUGAUCAUUAUCCUUCUGGGAUGUUAACAUCGUUAUUCGAUUUAUAUGUAAAUCGAUAUAAAGGAAAAAUCUUCUAAACAGUAAGAUUUGAGAACAACUUUUCAUGUAUAAAUCCACUGCCAACUUGUGGUCUAAGUAACUUUAGUUUUGCUAUUAUUCUCUCUCAUUGCCAAUUGCUUUUUACUCUUUUUUUUCGUAGAACACUGAUGUCUGAAUCCUAGCCUACUAGCCUUUACAUACCUGAAAGAAAAAGAGAAAUACAAGGCAUGAAUCCCGGGAGAGCAUAUUCUUUAGAAUAUUAUUAUUUGCUUGUGUGGUGCAUAUCUUUUGUCAACGUUGUGAGGUAUAGGCUGUGCAAACCGAACCGA